AAUGGCUAUAAUCAUUGCAAUCAUCAUCAGUAAAAAAACACAAACGUUAUGUACACCGUAAGAAAUCAUAUCAUCAUCAUUAUUGUUAUUUAUUUGCUGGACUCUAUGUGCGGCAUUUAUUAUCAAUGACGCUGGACGAUAGAAUGUGUACCGUUUCGCAUUGUAUGUAUUUUUUUGAAAUCGGAUCAGACUCAUUGUCAGAGUUAUGAGAUUGGAUAAGGUAGUAUUUGUGUGUUUCGAUCUUUUUGUAUUUAUUUUUUUUCUCGCAUGGGCUCUAUCAAAGAAACGAAUUCAAGCUGGACUGUGAAUUUGUCGGGCGCGCGCUUACACACACAAACACAAACACAUAGAUAAUAAUUUUCAGCCAUCAUAAUCGCAUUGAUUCGUAUCAGCUUAACGAGACUAGUGAGUAGUCGCGCAACAACAGAGCAGAUCGCCAGUAGUUUAUUGCUCUGAAGAUCGCCAAGAUAAUCGGAAUUGCUCCAAAAUCGAAACGUAAAAACAUAUUCAAAAUACUGCUUUGUUAUUUUGUUCAAUUUGUUAAAUUGACUGAGUAUUUGAAAAUAUCGGAUUUUGUCGCGAGAUUAACGGUAAUCAAAGCGAACCAACGAAAAAUAUAAAUGUUCUGGUCACAUUUUAUGGACAUUUUAUUUACAGUUCAUGUGUUUAAUGGAAUAGAAGUUAAAGGUCAACAAAACCAGUGAUAUUUAAAUUUGAAUAAAAUUGUGAAGCGACGAACAGUGUGAAAUCGGUGUUGAAAGAAUUUGACGAAAAAAAAAUAAAAUAAAGAUGCGUGGCAGUACGGCUGGAUUGGCGGAAGGUACUAUUGUGUCGCCGGAUACGGUGCAUGCCGCUUUCUUAAUGUUUUUAGAUGUGAUGUUUUCAUCAUUAUUGGCCGCUCCAGCCGUCAUUGCAUACUGGAGAGGCACUUGGAAUUUAAUCGAGAUUUUUUUAUUUCCCAACGAUGCGCUAUUGAGUGCGUUUAGUUCAUGCUUCAUUGGUACAAUAGGUCACUUUGUAUUUUACUAUUAUCAAAGACGGUUCAGUCAAAGUUUCCAUCCGGACAAGCAUCGCAUUACAUUCAUGAUAAUCUCACGAAUGUAUACGGCCAUUUAUGGUGUUGUUUGUGUAAAUGGUUGGCGCGGUGGAUGGUCAUUAAUGGACUUAUUCAUUCCGAAAAAGGUUCAUACAUAUUUUGCCAUCCUAAUGAUAAGCUGCAUUCUUUUGGCAUUUUGUAAGGGUCUACGUAAUAUAUCCGCAUCACCGCUCGCAAUAUCAACCGAUCAUUCCAAGGAUUACUUUACUGUUCCGACAAUGUUUAAAGCAUCGCCGAUUAGUGAUCCCGGCUUUUACUUUAUGGAUUGUACAUUUUCCGUGCUAAUCAUUGGCACACUGGUUGUAUUUGUGUGGAGAAGUAUGUUUGCAUUGUGCGAUUUACUCAUCUAUCCAAGCGAUGAGAGCUUAUCAGCUUGGUAUUCGUUGACGCUCGGAUAUGGAAUUAUAGCCGUAACAUUUGGUCUCCAACCGUUGUUAAAGUGGGCAUGUGACUAUUUAACGGGAUUUUGGCGAUUGGCUGUUGCCGAUGUGUUUCUUUUUCUUGGCUUUGUUGGCACGGCGAACGUGUGGCGCAGUGUUUGGUCUUUGCUCGAUAUAUAUUUUCUACCAGAUGAAGUGCUCAUCAGUAACUUAAUAACGCACGGUGUUUCAAUAGUCUUCUUGGCGAUGCUAAACUGUUCGAAUUCGGUGCUAGUACGAGGAGUUUACAUUGAUGCUGAAGAGACGGGCGGUCAAUGCGUCAUUUUUCCCGUCUAUUAUAUUCGAUUAUAUUUUCAAAAAGAACGAACUAAAAAACAGCGACGACAACUUGACGCUGAAAAAGGCCAACAAACUGAAUUAUUGGAGACAUGCGAAAAGAGCCCAGCACAAAUUGUGAAAAAUGUGAACGGUGACCAUAAAAUUGUCACAUAGAACUUAUUCCAGUUCAUUUAUUAGCUUUACACGAUUUUGGAAUUAAAAUGAGAUGAAACUGUCGUGACCUAACAACUCUAAAAACGUUAUUAUUGUUGUGAUACUUGGCUUUUUUUUGAUCGAUUGCUUUGAAUUUGUUUCGAAUUAAACUGCUCGAGAAAUUACACUUUCGAUUUUCAAUUUAAAAAAGAAAAAGAAAACAAGCAAAAUCAAACACAAAUCACAUGUUCGAAUUUGGUUUAUAGUACUUAACGGCAAUUGGAUUUGGUAAUAAACAGAAAAAAAAAAACAAUUUAAAAAUUUAUACGAGCAGUUCGAUGGCAAGUUCAAACAUCGCAUAUUUUUCUAUCUCGAAUAUUUCGAGACCGCACGGGAUUUAACUAGUCGAUCCAUAGAAUCAAAUUGAAAAUCUUUACACUCACUAAUCAAGAGUAAGAAAAAUGCUGUGAGUAUUUGGCUCAUUUUUAAGGAUUUUUUUUUCUGCCCAAAAAUCAAUAACGAGAGUUUUUUCCCUUAAUCGUAGUAUAUUUAUUUAUACCAAAUGAAUUCAUCUCCAAGUUUACAGGGUUUAUUUUGUGUCCUCAAUGUAUAGUAGAUAUUAAUGCAUUUUGACCGCAACAGUAUUCAAAGUUAUAAGCAAGUCAUUUAGUUAUACAAUAUUUACGAAUUUCAAGCAUGUUCAAAAUCAA